AUGUUACUUAAUGUCGUGAAAGGGCCAACAUCUUUUUCUAAUAUCCGCAAAGUGAACAAAACCAUCUAUCCUACUUUCAAAGCAGCUUGUUAUGCUCUUGGUUUACUUGAUGAUGAUAGAGAAUGGACAGAUUGCUUAAUUGAGGCUUCAAACUGGGCAGGUGGGGAUCAACUACGCCAAUUAUUUGCAACAAUAUUGGCACAUUGUGAAGUUGUUGAUGUCGUAGAAUUAUGGUCUACCAAGUUCACAAUUUUGACAGAGGAUAUCCAUUACAUAUUCAGAAAUAAGCAUAUGUUGGCGCAUUUGCAAUUAAACAAAGAACAUAUAACCAACUUUGCAUUAGGUGAUAUUGAGAAAAAAUUAAAGCAAUUAGGGAAAUCCUUGUCUGAUUUCCAUGGAAUGCCGCUGCCAACGAGUUCAUUGCAGAAAGAAGCAAAAAGCAGUUUGAUUUUUGAAGGGAUGGAUUACAACACAAUUGAAGAAGAAAAGUUGCACCGACAUUUUUUUUCGGGUCUAAAUAUGGAACAACGCAAAAUUUAUGAUAUCAUACUCUAUUCGGUCGUAAACAACAAAGGGAGAACCAUGUUUGUAAAUGGUCAUGGGGGAACAGGUAAGACAUUUUUAUGGAAAGCGAUAAUCCAUAAAUUGAGAUCUGAGUCAAAAAUAGUGUUGCCAGUUGCUUCAUGUGGAAUUGCAGCCGUGCUUUUAGCUGGUGGCCGAACAGCCCAUUCAAGGUUCCAUAUUCCUCUUGAUUUACACGAAGAUUCUAGCUGUGAUAUCAAACAUGGAACUCAGCUAGCUGAUUUACUCUUGAAAACUGAUUUAAUCAUUUGGGAUGAAGCACCAAUGGCAAAUAAACAUUGCUUUGAAUCCUUGGAUCGAAGCCUCAAAGAUAUUUUUCAAACACGCUUUCCGGGCAGCGCAGACAAACCGUUUGGAGGACUCACAACAGUUCUCAGUGGUGAUUUCCGACAAAUUUUACCAGUUGUGCAUAAGGGGCAAAAGUCGGACAUUAUUAAGGCUUUGAUAACUUCUUCGUAUUUAUGGGAAUUCUUUGAAGUUUUCAAGUUAACGCAAAACAUGAGAUUGCUAACCCAUGACACGGAUUUGAGUGCACGUAAAGCCAUUUUGGAUUUUGACAAGUGGUUGGUUUCAAUAGGUGAUGGAACGACAAAAGAUGCGGACAAAGAUGAUUUUGUCACUGUUCCUGAAGAUAUAACAAUAUUGGCAGAAGAGAAUCCUAUAGCAACAAUUGUGGAUACAAUCUAUCCAGGUUUAAAGUUGAAGUGCACGGAGGAUAAUUACUUUGAAGACAGGGCUAUUUUGUGUCCAAAAAAUGAAAAUGUUUGGGAAAUCAAUGACUUUAUUUUGGACUUCCUGCCGCAACAAACAACAACGUACCUUAGUUCUGAUUCCAUUUGCAAGGCAUCUUUUUGUAUUACGGAUGGAGAUGUUCUUUAUCCAACAAAAUUUUUGAAUACCCUAAAGUUUACUAGAGUCCCAAAUCAUGAGUUAAAACUGAAAUCUGGUGUGCCUGUUAUGCUUUUGAGAAAUUUCAAUCAAUCAUUAGGCCUUUGCAAUGGAACUAGACUUAUUGUCACCUACAUGGGAAAAUGGUUUGUGCAGGCAAGGGUGUAUUCUGGAAAGAGCAAAGGUGUCUCUGUUCUUAUUCCGCGCAUCAACAUGACUCCUAAUGAAUCAAAAUGGCCUUUCAAAUUGAAGUGA